AUGAAGCAUCGAUCUCAUAGCAAUUUCCACCGUUCAAUAGAAGGUAAAUCUCUUAUGGUGCAAUUUGGUCAAGCAGGGUUGAAACCUUCUCAGAUUAAAAAGGCUGUUAAUACAAUGAAAACCUCAAAUGUAGCUGAUGUUACUUCAAAGCAAUGUGCCGAUGUCUUAUCUGAGCAACGAAAACAACAUAAAGGAAAGGAGUUCUAUGGACUUAUAAAACAUUUUCAAGAUAAAACAUUAGUUGAUAGUGACCAGUAUUUUGUUGUGGAUUUGUCCGAUGAUGGGUAUCCUAGAAAUAUCUUUUGGGCUGAUGGUAGAUCAAGAGAUGCUUAUACAAAAUUCAGAGAUGUUGUUGUGUUUGAUGUCACCUAUAUGACUAACAAGUUCAAGAUGCCUUUUGCUCCAUUUACUGGUGUGAAUCAUCAUGGGCAGUCUAUACUUUUUGGUGGAGCAUUGCUUGAAAAUGAAAAGGAAGAGUCAUUUGAAUGGUUAUUUGAACAUUUCCUCAAAUGUAUGUUUAACAAGUAUCCGAAAGCAGUUAUAACAGAUCAAGACAAAGCAAUGAGAAAUGCAAUAAAAAAAGUGUUUCCGAAGACUCGACAUCGUUUUUGUUCAUGGCAUAUCAUGAAGCAUGAAACUGAGCACCUUCGAUCGUAUGUUUCCCAUUACAGUGAUUUUCAAGAAACACACAAACAAUGGGUAAAUAGUGACACCAUUGAACAAUUUGAAGCAACAUGGGAAGUUAUGCGUAGUAAGUAUGAACUGGAAAACAAUAGUUGGAUUACAGACAUGUAUAACCAACGUAUACAUUGGGCUAAACCCUUCUUGAAGGAUACUUUCUUUGCUGGUAUGACAACAACCGGACGAAGUGAGAGUAUCAACUCAUUUUUUGAUGGAUAUGUUAAUUCGAGGACCAUGUUGAAUGAAUUUGUUGUACAAUACGACAAAGCAGUUGAGUCUCGAAGGGCUGCCGAAGAAGAUGAAGACUUUAAGACUAUGAACUCAAGGCCGGUUCUUUCUUCAGUGCAUCCAAUCGAAGCAAAAGCAGGUCAAUGUUAUACUAGAAAGAUGUUUGAGACUUUCAAAAAAGAAUGGACUGAAGCUAUUACCAAUUUGACUCAUGAGACUAAAGGAAAAACUACAGAAGAAAGCACAUACCGAGUUGGGCAAUUGGAUGUUGAUAAAAAAUAUUGGCGCAUUGUUACCUUUCGUUCUUUGGAUCAAGUCAGCGUCACAUGUUCUUGUGCUAAGUAUGAGACAAAUGGGAUUUUAUGCAAACAUAGCCUAUACGUGAUGAAGAAGAAACAUGUUAAAGAACUCCCGAGUCACUAUAUUUUACCCCGAUGGACCCUUAGUGUUAGGUACAAACUAGGUAGUGCUAGUAUCGGACUCGGAAAAAUGAAUAAUGAAAAUGGAGUUAGUGCCUACACACUAUGGUGUGUCCGUUCAAAUUUUACUAAACUAAUUGAACAAGCAAGAGACUCCCCUUCAGAGAUACAAAAAGUCAAUACAAUAUUGAUAAGUCUUUUAGAUGAUCAAACAAAUCGAAAGAAAUCUACGUCUUUGGAGAAUAUAUCUCAAGGUUCUUGUAUGGGAGUUUCGCAAAUAGAUAUGAUGUCACAGUUAUCUGUCCGUGAUCCUCUUGGUCCAUCUACUACAAAAGGGCGUCCUAAAGUUGCUAGUAGAAUCAGGUCUUCUUUAGAAGCCCCCAAAAAACGUACAUGCUCUUACUGUCAAGGAUUGGGUCAUUACACUACUAGUUGUUCCAAACGAAAGUCAGAUGAAUCAUUGGAAGAGACAUAA